AUGUCUAAUAAAUUUAAUAAUAAUAAUGAUUACUUUUCAACACUUAAAAUUCUUCUUGUUGGUAACUCAAACGUAGGGAAAUCGUCUCUUCUAUUAAGAUUUACUGAUGACACAUUUUUGCCACAUGAAGAAGUAUCAGCAACAAUAGGGGUAGAUUUUAAAGUACAUAAAAUGGUUGUAGACGAAAAGAAAUAUAAAUUAACAAUUUGGGAUACUGCAGGUCAGGAACGUUUUAGAACAUUAACAUCUUCAUAUUAUCGUGUAUAUGAUGUAUCAAUUCGUGAGACAUUUGAUCAAUUGGAUAAUUGGUUUGAUGAAUUAAAUACCUAUUGUUCAAAUGAAAAUAUAGCGAAAAUUAUAAUUGCAAUUUCACGUAAAGAAGGUGAAGCAUAUGCAAGAAAAUUACAAACUUUAUAUACAGAAUGUAGUGCUAAAACAAAAUAUGGUGUGGAAGAAGCAUUUGCUGAACUU